AGCGCACUAAAGCUACUUCAUUUCAUAUGCCAGUGAAGUCAUGGGGGCUGUGUUUCUCAGCCUUUACUGACAGCUGAGAGUCUUUUUUUAACAAGACAUUAAACGGAGAGCCCUGUUCAUCAUAAGCUGCCAGGUCAGGCGUGAACAUGGAGUCUAUGCUUAAUAAGCUAAAAAGCACCGUCACCAAGGUGACGGCAGAUGUCACCAGCGCUGUUAUGGGCAACCCGGUGACACGGGAGUUUGAGGUUGGACGACAUAUUGCCAGCGGGGGUCCUGGCUUGUGCUGGAGGAUCUAUAACGGCACCAAGAAGUCCACCAAACAGGAAGUCGCAGUGUUUGUGUUUGAUAAGAAGACGGUUGAUAAGUAUCAGAAAUUUGAGAAGGACCAAAUUGUGGAUUCGCUGAAAAAAGGGGUGCAACAGCUGACCAGACUGCGUCACCCGCGUCUCCUGACUGUGCAGCAUCCUCUUGAAGAGUCACGAGACUGCUUGGCGUUCUGCACGGAGCCUGUGUUUGCCAGUCUGGCCAACGUGCUGGGCCAGAGGGAGAACCUGCCCACCCCCCUGCCCACCGACAUCAAGGAGUACAAACUGUACGACGUGGAGACCAAGUUUGGACUGCUGCAGAUCUCCGAGGGAUUGUCUUUUCUCCACAGCGGGGUGAAAAUGGUCCACGGCAACCUGUGUCCAGAGAACAUCAUCCUGAACAAGAGCGGAGCCUGGAAGAUCAUGGGCUUUGACUUCAGCAUCUCCUCCAACAACCCCUCAGACGCUGAGCCUAAGUACACAUGUAAAGAGUGGGAGCCCAACCUCCCCCCACUCUCCCUCCCUAACCCCGAGUACCUGGCCCCCGAGUACAUCCUGUCCGUCAGCUGUGACUCCGCCUCCGACAUGUACUCGCUGGGCGUGGUCAUGCAUGCCGUCUUCAACGAGGGCAAGCCUGUUUUCCAAGUCAACAAGCACGACAUAUUCAAGAGCUUCAGCAGGCAACUGGACCAGCUGAGCAGCAUAAGUCCAGCAGUGCUGAACAAGCUCCCAGAGGAGGUUCGGGAACACGUCAAGAUGCUGCUCAGCGUCACACCCAACGUGCGACCGGAUGCUGAUCAGAUGACUAAGAUUCCAUUUUUUGACGACGUGGGUGCUGUGACCCUGCAGUACUUUGACUCCCUCUUCCAGAGAGACAAUCUACAGAAGUCCCAGUUCUACAAAGGCCUCCCUAAAGUCCUGCCCAAACUCCCCAAGAGAGUGGUGGUGUAUCGGAUCCUUCCGGCUCUGACCUCAGAGUUUGUGAACCCGGACAUGGUUCCCUUCGUGCUGCCCAACGUGCUGCUGAUCGCAGAGCAGUGCACCAAGGAGGAGUACGUCCGGCUCAUCAUGCCCGACCUCACGCCUGUUUUCAAGCAGCAGGAGCCCAUUCAGGCUAGUAACAUGAUCCUGCUGAUAUUCCUUCAGAAGAUGGACCUGCUAUUGACCAAGACCCCCUCAGAGGAGAUUAAGAACAGCGUGCUGCCGAUGGUCUACAGAGCCCUGGAAGCGCCUUCUGUACAGAUCCAGGAGCUGUGCCUGAACAUCAUCCCAACGUUUGCCAACCUGAUCGACUACCCGUCCAUGAAGAACGCUCUCAUCCCUCGAAUCAAAUCUGCAUGCCUACAGACCUCUUCACUUGCUGUACGAGUGAACUCCCUGGUGUGUCUGGGGAAGAUUUUGGAAUAUCUUGACAAGUGGUACGUCAUCGAUGAGAUCCUGCCCUUCCUACAACAGAUCCCCUCCAGAGAACCAGCAGUACUCAUGGGGAUUCUGGGAAUCUAUAAGUGCACCUUCAGCCACAAGAAGCUGGGCAUCCCCAAAGAACACCUUGCCACCAAGAGCCUGCCCCACCUGGUCUCUCUGAGUAUAGACAACAACCUCAACCUUAGCCAGUUUAACUCGUUCAUGGCGGUCAUUCGGGAAAUGCUGAAUCGGAUGGAGGCCGAACACAAGACCAAGUUGGAGCAGCUGCACAGCAUGCAGGAGCAGCAGAGGAGUAUAAACAUCCCAAACCCAGGGAACCAGACAGAGAUGAACAAGAGCUCUCCUAACAGCAGCAACCAGAUUGAUGAUAUCUUCGGCUCCUCAGGGGUUAAUGGGAAAGAGAAUGGACCUGCAGCAGCCGCCCCACAGCCUAAUAGAAUGUCUCUGACUCUGGAGGAGAAGCAGCGAUUGGCUAAGGAGCAGGAGCAGGCCGCCAAGCUGAGGAACCAGCAGCCGUUAGCGCCUCAGAGCAUCAAACCAGCCAACACUUCCAACACCAAGACUAAAGAUCUGACCAGCAGCCUGCUCAACAACAUGACCUCGCUAAACAGCCUCUCAUUGGCCAACACGGCUCGCCCCUCCCCAAUGCAGGGCUCCACCAUCGCUGCCUUCCCCUCCCCCGGCCCCAUGGUGGGCUCCAUGGGCGCCCCGGUCUCCAACGGCUUCAACCCGUCCAUGGGCUUCCAGGCAGGGGGCAUGGGGAUGGGCAUGCGUCCUGCGGGCCCCGGCCUCUACAGCGGCAUGGCAACCACCACCAGCACCCCCAACUUCGGAGCUCUGACGCAGAGUCAAGGACCCCUCGGGCAGACCAAUAAAGAUCUGUCAGCGUUGGACAGUCUUUUUAAACCCAGCCAGCCCAAAGUCACCCUCAACCAAAUGGCCCCGCCCAGCACCAACGCCCCGUGGCUCAAUCAGUUUGGUUCGGCCCAGAACGCUCAGACUCAGAUGCACGCUGCUCCUGUUGCUAUGGGAGGGGUGCCCAGCAGCUUCGGGAUGCAAGCAAACCCUUUUUUCAGCCCGCAGAACUUUGCUCCACCCUCCGCUGCUGCCCCCAGCCCCCUGGACCAAAGUGGAAUUAAACAUAGCGCAUCUGUCAACAACGAUCUGAAAGACUUGUUCGGCUAGAUUGCCAGGUUAAACAUAUUAUUUUAGUAACUUUGGAUAAAAGAACCUUGGACAAGACACUGAUUGAAUGUGAAGAUUUCAAAUCCGAUCAAGGGCGUUGCUGUGUGUAUUUUUAAACAUGAUCUAGUAUAAAUUCUGUUCACAUUCGGCUGGCAAAUUAACCUGCGCCUGAUUCAAUUUCUACUUGACCACAAGGACAAAAGGCUGGGGUGGGUACUAAUUCUUCUAAGCUGUGUUUCUUUACAUGCUGCGGUUUCCUACUGAUUUUCUACUUGACAUUCUCGGGCGUCCCAACGUCGUGAGUUGAGAUGAAUCCCAACUCAGUUAAUUCAGGAGAGUUUUGUGUUCAUAUCAUGAGUGGCUGAAUCACCCCUCAAAAUUGGCAGAAAAAGAAGGAAAAAAGUGGCUUCUGCUCAGUUUCAUGCUGCUGUAUCUUUAUUGCUUAUCCGGACUAUUUUAGGAUUGGCUGCAUGUCUAAAGGGAUCAGAGAGUUGGCUUAAAAAAAAAUGUCAGAGCCCAGUGGGAGGGUAGCACUGAUCUGCAUCCAGGAAGCUCCUCCAGGGACAAUCUGAAAUGAGGAAAAUAGAAAGCCCAACAGUCGCAGUUUAGAUGAGAGAGGUAGCCCCACUGCAGUCCGUCUCCAUGGUAACUGUGUCUCUGCAGCACCUCAGAGUGGACUGAUGAUCCAGUUUGCUCUUCUUUUUUUUUUUUUACCCUUUUGUCUUAUUCUUUCAACAUCAGGUUUAAAAGCUGCAAAACAUGCUCUUAUUUGUUUGUUUCGACUUCCAAGCAAGCAUGUUGAAAAGGGAAGGGUUACUGUUCUCUGGUUGGUGACGAACCUUUCACCUCCUCUGGUAACUAAAACAUCUGGAAAUGCAGUAUGGACAAUUUAUGUGUCUAGUGGAAUGGGAUGUGUGGAGUAGCUAUUACAGCGGCGUCCUUUAAAAAGAUGCUAAUGCUAAAGGCAAACGUGAAGGACCACAUGCACUGCUUAGGCUGUUGUGCCUUACAUGGGUACAUGUGUAGGAUUAGACAGACAGCGCUCAUCUGUUACUCAAGUAUUAAUAAUUUCACUUUUUAACCCGCUGUCUUUGCUUCUCAAAUUACUUGCUUUGUCGCAUGCUACUGAACUUGACCACAAAAGAUCUAAAGCUUAUUUUCCGAUAAAGAUUCCAGUGAAAAACUAUUUGGAAGUUUAUAAGCGUCUCCAAAUCCUCCUUCCUGUUGACCAGUUUAUACAAUGAUAAAGAUGAUCGCUAUAUAUUUUCAGCACUUUUCAGCUGUCUGAGGACCAGUGCUGGUUAUGAAGAAGUGUAUAUAUGAUAUAGUUAUUUAAAGAUGGGUUGCUCUGUGAGGGCCUUGGCAUUUUUACAUCCCUGUGAUAAUGGUUGAGAGGCCUUAGAUGAGUUGGUGCAAUAAUCCUCUUUGGUUGUUAAGCGUGAACAUGGAAUGGCUCCUUACAUUAAUCUCCACCCGACAGAAAGAAAACUACAUAGGAUUGUCAGAUUUCUAAAAAUGUGUACUCAUUCUAAAUCUUACAUUUUGGAAGAUAACUACACCACUUUAGGGUUUUUAGAUGAACCUCGGUCACAGUGUGUUCAGUGAUUGUUAAUACGCCGUUUGUUACUGGAUUCCUUUCUGUGUAUUAAUGCCUCUUUAACAAGGUGAGCUCCUUCAAUCCGCAUGGCCGUGUGAAUUUGACUCUACAUUCCCCAAUCUUUGUCAUACAAGACUACAAAUGUUUCAGUGAUUCGGCGUAAAUUGUGUGGUGGUUUUGAUUUCAUCUCAAGUGGAUGUGAUCUGUGAAGCGUGCGUCACAUUAUCCUAGCAGAACUCCAAAGCAGAAAGCUUAUUCUUCUAUGAGAUUGUUUGUAUACCACUGCUGUCGAUAUGUGUGUAGUGUUGCCCUUCUAUUACUUGUUGAGGUGCUGGUCUCUGAGGUGGUUCACUGAAAAUCUGUACAUAUAAAGGAAAGUACACAAUCGAACCUCUCAAAGGCUGCUGGUUAUUUGUGUGAUGGCUUGAAUCACUGCAUCAGACCGUGGAGUUUAAAUCACUUUAAUGUAGAAAUGAAGUGCAGAAAUGGCAGUAUUUUUGAAAUGUUUAUGCACAUUAGCAGACAGCUUUAAAUAUACAUCUAAGUCAACUUUUUGGUUCAAGGUAAAAAAGGUAAACAAUAUAUAUAUAUAUAUAUUUUUUUUUUUUAAAGAACCCUGAUUAAAAGACAGUAUUCAUGAAUCAUAAACAUGUUAGGAUGCUAAAAAGAGGUAUUUUUCUUUCAUUAAUAGUACUUCCCUGAUUCAUUAUGUCUGUGCUAUAAUAUUGCCGGACAGUUUUAAACAAAAUAAAUCCUAGUCGAUGCAGCAGAACACAAGGUAUUUCUUUUUUAUUUCAUGCACUUGUGAUUAUAUUACCCACAAUGCAACUUGGCGGUUGACAUUCUGGUCAAAGGUUUGGCAGUGUUAUGCUUCUUGCUGCUAUUGUAGCCUGAAGCUGAAGCCUCAAACAAAGAUAAGUUCUCAACACCCCAAGAUGUUUUAAAUUGUCUUUAGCGCCAACUGACUCUAUUUUUUUAUUUAAGUGACAUCGCUCGAGUCAAUUUUGAUCAGAUUUAACUUAUAUUUGGAGUCCCAAAAGCUUUAUACAACAUUAUCCACAUAAGCAAGAGUGCUCCCCAAUACCUGUAAACAGACAGAGCAAUGUCAUAUCAGUGGAGUUCCCCUUUCAUCUGAACGCAACCUGAUUAAAACCCAAAAAACGUAUCUUUAUGAUGUCUUAAAGUAACCUAACCAAAGCUUCUAAAUCUAAUCAUAGAAAGCAAUGCCAAUAUAAGGCACUAGAGGGGAUAAGUUAAAGUGGACCUAUCAUGCUAUAUUUGAAUAAUAUGUUGUAGGGCCAUACCUAUAUAAAACAUGUCUGUGAA